GACGUUUGCCUGGCGUGAAAACGUCACGAAAGUUCAAGCUUGCGAAGAAUCAACAAAUAAAAAUAUCGCCAAGCCGAACGCGCAGUGAUUUCGUCGACGAACUAAACCUAAAAAGCCGGUUAAAAGUUAAAUGUGUUAAUUAACCAGUUCGGUGAAAUGAAGUAAUGGCUGCUGGAUUGUCUCGAAGCCGCCGUGUUUAGAGAAUGAACGGUUUCAGCACCGGUGAAGAAGAUUCGCGGGGUCCUACGGACCAAAUUUGUUGUUUAAUUGAUAACGGGGAACGGUGCAUAAAGGCUGCUGGAAACGCGUCGUAUAGCAAAAGAAUUCAGAAAACUGUAACGCAGAGAAGACUUAAUUUGUUGCUAGAUAAUACCGCUCGUCACAUUUACAUCUGCGAUUUCCACAAGAUGAUUAUACAGUGUGCCAGGACGAAACGCCGAAGAAAAGACUCCGAGGACGAUAGCAAUGAGACGGACACGGACAUACCGGAAGUGGAUCUCUUCAAUUUGCAAGUCAACACUUUGCGAAGGUACAAGAGACACUACAAGGUGCCGAUGAGGCCGGGACUGAACAAAGCUCAACUGUCAGACAAUUUGAUGAAGCAUUUUAAAACAAUACCAGUGAAAGAAAAAGACGUAGUUACCUUUUUCAUCUAUACCGUGAAAACGAACGGCAAUAAGUUGGAUCAGAAGAAUGGCAUAAACAGUACCGACACCACUUAGAUUAAAGACGUUUGACAACAUUAAAAUGUAAGUGAAGCUUUUUUUAUUAAUCAUUUUCGAAUCUACGAUUUUAGACUAGGUUUCAUUUCAUAUUGAAAUGAAUUAUUAAAAUGAGCCCUGUUGUUGCUCAAAGAUUUUAAACUUGUUCGAAAAUGAGUGAUUAAAAGGCAAAUAAAUAUAAAUCAUAGAGAAUGAUGUAAUAUGAUACAUUUCAAUUAUAUUUUGUAAAAAGAAGGUUGUAUUCGUUUUAUUCAAAGGUUUUAUUUUUGUCUUAGAGAAAUAAGUAAACAUAGAGAAGUAAUAUUUAUACUUCUGUGGCGAGAACUUACAACCGAGAAAAAUCAAAGAUUUUCCUUGAUUUAAGUAAAAACAAUCUUCGGUUUGUCACGACGUUUUUAACAGCACACUGUCUCCUCAACCUUAGGGCUCGAACACACUGACGACCAGGUCGCACCGGCCAGGCCGCAGCUACCUCUAAAACCAUUAAAUCAAAUGAU